GUUCGAGGCUAUCGCAAUUAUAUCUUCUCUUACAGGAGUUUAGCUUUCUUCCCCGAAUCGCAGUUCCAACAUUUCAUCUCCUGUAUCCAUCACUACAGGUACAUCCCAAGCACAAGGGUCUACACAGAUACACCUAUCCACCAUGUGUUUCGUCGACAUAGACACUUCCCCGGAGGCCGACGAGCCUUCUGUCCGAGUCACAGAAUACCGUCCCCAACCAGUACGAGUCUCCUUUCUUCCUGCUCAUCUACAUCGAAGAUGGACUCCCCCUCUACCUCUCCCUGGUGUCUGCCACUCCAGCCCCAGCACAGCAGCAAUAGUUAUCUACUCUUCCCAUGCCCCGCGACCCUCGUUCUCAUCUUCUUCGUAUUGCAAUCCUGCGCGCUCGCCACGGUCGUCAUAUACGACUGUCACGAUGACCCGGACCCGGACCCGGACCCGGGCACGGGUACGUGAAGAAACGGCGCUUCUGUCGGCACCGGUGCGCGUCGGUCAUCGUUUUCGGGAGGGGGUAUCCGGGUCUAGAUAUGUGGGGGGGCACCGAACUCUUUCUGGCAAAAGAAGAAGCUCUACUAAUGGAGGUCGCCACCGCUUCAGCAUCUCGACAUUCCGCGGCCUUCAGCAGCCCCAGCUCAGCAAGAAAAUGAAUCGGGUGAUUAAGAGCGAGAAUGCCGCAAUUAGCGCCCAUGAGAGUGCGGGUAGACAGCGCGUGUCGAUUGCCUCCCAGCUCUCGGAGUGGGGAGAUUCGACUGAGGACGAUGCCAUCGCGGAUAUCUCGGACAAGAUAAGCGUUCUUCUGGCUGAGAUGGGCGAGCAGGAGGAUACCUACGCGCAGAGCCUUGACGAAUACCGCACCAUCCUGAAGCAUAUCCGCGACACGGAGGGUUCAGUCCAGCCGACGCGCGAUCAUCGAGCCAAAAUCGCAGAUGAGAUCCAGCGUCUCAAGUGGAAGGAGCCUAAUAGCAGCAGGAUAGAUACGCUCGAGCAGGAACUCGUGAGAGCAGAGGCGCAGAGCCUCGUUGCGGAAGCUCAGUUGACUAAUACAACUCGACAGAGGUUCAAGGAGGCUUUUGACGUCCAUUUAGCCGCUGUGAUUGAGCGGGGUGAGAAACAAAUCCUUCUGGCUCAGCAUGCCCGUCGCUUGCUCAACUGUCUCGACGACACCCCUGUGAUUCCUGGAGAUCAACCCAAGGAAUAUGACCGUGGUGAUGAGGCUAAGCAGAUUAUUGAAGAUGCCGAGAAAGAUAUCCGCGGCUGGGAAAGCACCGUUGAGCCUGUUGAAAUUGCAGCGGGAACUGUCCCCACAGCCACUCUCCUCCCUCCCCCUGCCCAGAGAGUCCACGAGGAGGGUCAGGAGGUGCCAGUCAUGGAAUCCCAAGCGACCACCAUAUCCAGGGAAGAAGAGGUAGAGGAGGUCCGCGCUGAGGAAGCCGCUGAAGAAGAAGCUCAGAUGGGGGAACCGGAGGUCAUUGUCCCCCACGCCGAGGUCCAUACCAUGGAGGCCCCGAUGAUGGAAGCUGACAUCCUGGAGGAAGAGCAGGCGAGGGCGGCAGCGGGUGCUCAACCCACUACUGCGUUGGAACGAGAAGUGGCAGGGGUGGAUGCAGUUUCAAUGUCAGACUCCACUCGCGAAGUCAACGGAUCUGUUUCGUCUGCAGGUUUCGUUAUCCGCAAGAAGAAGAGCGAACCUCCUCGCCUCGUUGGAGCUCUGGGAACCCAGGCACAGCCCAUUGCGGUCCCCAUUUGAACAGGAAAUUGUGUAUAUUGUUCUUUUAUAUUUUGUGUGCUUCCGGGAACUCCGAAAAUGUACUUAGGCUUUCCAUGUUGAUAAUUCAUACGUAAGGGAAGUUUUCACAGGAACUAUCAUCCAUGCUUUUGG